AUUACCCGCCAUCUUGAAUACAACAAGAAAUUGAUACUUGGGUUUUGUCAGUUUUGUUGGAAGGUUUCUUGGCAGAAUGUCAAAAAAGCGUGGGUUGAGUUUGGAAGAGAAGAGGACGCGAAUGCUGGAGCUUUUCUUUGAAAGGAAGGAAUUCUUUCUACUAAAGGAGUUAGAAAAAAUCGCUCCAAAAGAAAAAGGCAUUACCUCCAUGUCUGUCAAGGAAGUUGUACAAAGCCUGGUCGAUGACAAUCUGGUGGAUACUGAUAAAAUUGGUACCUCCAUAUAUUUUUGGGCAUAUCCAAGCAAAGCCAAGCAUACAAGACAACAAAAACUGACACAACUCACACAGCAAAUCGAUGAGUGUGAGAAGAAAAUUGCCUCUACAACAAAACUUUUAAGGCAAGCAAACAGUGGCAGAGAGCAGUCUAAUGAAAGAAAUUCAAUUCUUGAGGAGCUGACACAAAAAGAGAAACUUUGUAAAGAACUGGAGCAAGAGCUUGAGAGAUAUCGCGAAUGUGACCCAGAAGUGCUGGAAAACUUACAAAAGGAAACACUGAUGUCAAAGGAAGGUGCCAAUCGCUGGACUGACAAUGUUUUUACAAUCAAGUCCUGGUGUGAGCGCAAGUUUGGGCUGGAAAAGAAAAUGAUGGACAAAAGCUUUGGAAUUCCAGAAGACUUUGAUUAUGUGGAAUAGACAACAAGAAAUCCAUGUCU